AUGGCCAACCAAACAGGAAAGAACUCGGUCGCUAUUGAGCGUCUGUCAUUGAUCGAGACUCACCUCAAGUCAUCAGAGUCCGACUUGGCCCCGAACCGCGAUGCCAUCCUCAAGAAGAGCCCCGAUGAUAUUGUCGUAACGGCAUGUCUCCGCACACCCUUGACCAAGGGAGGAAAGGGAGGCUUCAAGGACACACCCGCCGCAGACCUUCUCCACGGAGCUUUCAAAGCACUCAUUGAGCGUUCAAAGAUUGACCCUUCGCUGGUCGAGGAUAUCGCCGUUGGCAGUGUGCUACCUCCUGGAGGUGGUGCCACCGAGUUCCGUGCUGCCGCUUUGGCUGCCGGCUUCCCUGACAGCACAAGUAUACACUCGUUGAACCGUCAGUGCAGUUCGGGCCUGCAAGCUUGUGUCGAGAUUGCCAAUGCCAUCAAGACCGGCAUGAUCGAUAUUGGUAUCGGUGCUGGUGUUGAGAGCAUGAGCAGUCAGUACGGUCCUGGAGCUGUCACAGAGUUCUCGGAGCUUCUCGAGAACCACAAGGAGGCCGCUAAGUGCAAGGUGCCCAUGGGAGUCCUCUCCGAGCAGAUGGCCAAGGACCGUAACGUUUCCCGCAAGGACCAAGACGAAUUCGCCGCAUCAUCAUACGCCAAAGCCACCGAGGCACAAAAGAAGGGCCUCUUCGACGAGGAGAUCGCCCCCCUCAAGGUCAAGUGGACCGACCCCAAGACCGACGAGACAAAGGAGAUUACCGUUAGCAAGGACGACGGUGUCAGAGCAGGUGUCACAGCCGAGUCUCUGGGCAAGAUCCGCCCUGCCUUUGCAAAGGACGGCUCCAUUCACGGUGGCAAUGCCUCACAAAUCUCCGACGGUGCUGCCGCAGUACUGCUCAUGAAGCGUUCCACCGCCGAGAAGCUCGGCCAGCAGAUCCUCGGCAAGUACGUCGCAGCAUCAGUCGUCGGUGUACCCCCACUUCUCAUGGGUAUCGGUCCCUGGAAGGCCAUUCCCGUUGCUCUGGAAAAGGCCGGUAUCAGCAAGGACGACGUCGACAUUUGGGAGAUCAACGAGGCCUUCGCUUCGCAAUGUCUGUGGUGUGCAAAGGAGCUGCAGAUCCCUAUGGAGAAGAUCAACCCCAAGGGUGGUGCUAUUGCAUUCGGUCACCCUCUUGGUUGCACCGGUGCCAGACAAGUCAGCACAUUGCUUUAUGAGCUCAGGCGGAGGGGCGAGAAGGUCGGUGUGACCAGCAUGUGUGUCGGAACCGGCAUGGGCAUGGCUGCCGUCUGGGUCGCUGAGUAG